UGCAAACUUGAUCCAAAAGUAGGUUCAUUGUUGAAGCGCAAGAUGGCACUGGCCCAGCACUGGAGCGACGGGCGUGAGGACCCGCUGGAGGACACUGCGUCCGCGCUGUUGGCUGCUAGCGCAUCGGGGGAUGAGCACCGAGUUGCGAGUCUUCUAGAACAGGGUGUCGAGGUCGAUUUAGUGCUAGCCAACCGCUUCUUCGGGGAGACGCCGUGUGAACAGGCACUUGAGCACGGCCAUGUGGAAGUCGCGGAGCUGCUGCUGUCCGCUGUGUUGAGCAGCCCUCAAGGUGCGGAGCAGAUCUCAGAGCUGUUCUGGCGGCGACUACUAUCAGCAGCGCUUCGCAGUCAUCAGCUGUCGGUGUUGGGCUUCGUUCUGAGCUAUGAGCCGGACUUGAACUCGGACGUCCGUCACAGCGAGAAGCCGCUGUUCGAUGCCGCUCGGGCCGAUGAGGCGGAAAUGCUUAAGAUCCUAUUGGCUCACGGAGCUGAUGCAUCGGGUACAGACCCGGUGGGCAGCACGUUGCUGCAUAUUGCAGCGAAAUAUAGUGCCAUGAACGUGUUGCAGGUGCUCAGAGCCUCCAGUGUGAGGGAAGACGUGAACGUCGGAGAUUCGCUCGGCAAUACCGCGCUGUAUUAUGCAGCGGAUGGUGGUCAACUGGAAGUUGCCAGAGUGUUGUUUGAGAUGGGAGCGGAUGUGAAUCUGAGCAAUAGGAGACUCACGACGCCGUUGCACAUGGCGGUGAGCAAGGCGAGGCUGGGGAUGGCCAAGUUGCUGCUGGAGGAGGGACAGGCUGAUGUUGAUGCGACGGAUUUCCAGGGGAAUACGGCAUUGCUGCUUCUUGCUGCGAUGACGUCGUCAGAUUUGGAUGAGAAUGUCAGCGAUAGCGAAGAAGAGGAGGAGGAGUCUGUGCAGCUGCAAAUGGCCAAGCUGUUGAUUGAAUAUGGCGCCGACGUGAACGCGGCGAACACGGCCACUGCUACGCCGCUGCACCAGGCUAUGCGUCGCUACGACUUUGAUCUCGUGGAUGUUCUGCUAGCAAACGGUGCAGAUGUGAAUCAACGCAAUCGCUUUGGUGAUACGCCACUGCACCAAGCCGCACGCUUGGCGCUGUAUCCAGUUAUGUGGGAAAAGCUGCUGAGGCACGGCGCUAACCUCAGCGCUGAAGAUAGAAGCGGUCAAACACCGAUGGAACUGAUCCCAAAUAAUGUGCUUCGAGCUUCAAUCGCCGAAGUUGUGGCGAGUUUGACGGACACAAAGGACCAGAAGUGAGUGGGAAGGCUAUUACAUUCUGUUGCAUUGUUGUCCUUUGACGAUAUUAGUAUGUGCAUCAGCUUCAAUUCAAAUUGAUAAAGUGAAAGUUGCCUUAACAAAGCUCUGCUUCAAGUAGAAUUUAUGGUGUCUUCUCUGUUGCAAGGUUCCCUAUGUUACAGCUGAUCCUAUGGUCAGCCAAUCAGAUUUCACUGAUUU